UAGGAGUUCUACUGCGUGGGUUGGUGUAUUGUCUGGAGUGCACCUGCUACCUGCCCUAUCUGUCCCGGGAGUCCCCGCUGUCCUCACCGUCCAUCAGCCAUGGAAGUGCAGAAGGAGGCACAGCGCAUCAUGACCCUGUCCGUGUGGAAGAUGUACCACUCGCGCAUGCAGCGUGGUGGCCUGCGCCUGCAUCGGAGUCUCCAGCUGUCGCUGGUCAUGCGCAGCGCCCGGGAGCUCUACCUCUCGGCCAAGGUGGAGGCCCACGAGCCCGAGCUGUUCUUGCCUCCCGCGCGGUCCCCUGAUCCUCGCCUGCACCCACCGCGGGAAGUGGAAGCUGCCACCGAAGCAGCGCCCCCCGACGGUGAGCAGCCUUCUCCAGAGCCCAUGGACACGCAGGAGGAGGCGCCAGGAACCGAGGAGAGCCGGGCCCUCAGCGCCCCGCGCCCCGCCAAAGUCAGCCGCAAGCGGCGGAGCAGCAGCCUGAGCGACGGCAGGGACGCGGGACUGGUCCCGAGCAAGAAAGCCCGCCUGGAAGAAGAGGAGGAAGACAAGGCAGCGUCGUCGGACAUCCCCGAUCGCCUGCAGCCCCCUCCCUCGCAAGCCGAGGGCGCCUUCCCCAACCUGGCCCGCGUCCUCCAGAGGCGCUUCUCCGGCCUCCUGAACUGCAGCCCCCCCGCCCCUCCGACGGCGCCGCCCGCGUGUGAGGCCAAGCCGGCCUGUCGCCCGGCGGACAGCAUGCUGAACGUGCUGGUACGGGCCGUGGUGGCCUUCUGAGGACACAGAGCGGCGCUUUCGGAGCCCAGAGCGCGCGUCGAACCGUCGGCCCGAGUGCGCAGACCCGAGGCGAGGCCCCCUCUGGGGGGGAUCCCCGCGGGAACCGUGAAGAGUCGCCGCCCGGGCUGCUGAGAAGCCCGGAGAGGGACUCUGCCCCCCGGGCAGCCGUCGCCAUCUGUGCGCGGCGGUGGCACCCAGGAGCCGGGGGCGCGGGCGCCUUCCGCCGAGACCUGCGGCGCCUACAGGUGCUGUGUUCGUAGACUGGGACGUGGACCUUUCCCUCUCCCGGAUCGGAGAAGGGAGACUCAGCUCUUUCAUCUGCUCAGGGUCGGACUUCAUUUUUUACCACGGGCCGAGCUGCCCUUUCAAGGUUUUUUUUUUUUUAAUAGUGGUGUGUGCGUCUCCAACCUCCGAGAAUUCCAGGCACUCCCUGUCCCCCUCCAGUGACAUACUUGUGCAAGCGGUCAUCGUUGCGUCAUGGGGCAGACGUGCCGAGCUUCCUGUUGCCUUGCGUGGGUGUGGGGCCUGGGAGGAGGAGGGCCUGGGGUGCGGACCCGCCCUGGGGACCGGGAAGUGACUUGAGUCACUCCGCCCCCGCGGGCUGCUGCUAGGGGAGCGCCCCCGCGCCCUCUGAGCCCUGGGGUGGGAGCUGAACUGACUGCAGAUCGGAUUUUUCUCAUCUGGUGCGUGAAGAGGUGGCGAGUCUGUUCCCAGUCGCCGGCGUGACCCUCUCUAAGACACACGGACUCGAUCCACCCAGACUGAAGGCCUGGGGCGAAGGCCGGAAGGGAGCGUGGGGGAGGGGACGUGCCUAGCGGCCGGGCGAGGAGCCGGGCUGGCGGGACCG